AUGCCACAAACACAUGCUAAAUUAUCUCCCAAGCGGCGUAGAGCCGGCGGGAAAAGAUCCAAGUUAGGUUGUCGUACCUGUCGUAUUCGUCAUAUCAAAUGUGACGAAACUCCAGUCUCAUGUCGAAACUGCACAGAUACCGGCAGAUGCUGCGAAGGGUACUACCAGUGUCAGCUGCCUCGCAAACGGGGACGCCCCCAACAGAGGGCUGCCACCCCCACUACUCUGCCGCUCAUUUCAUUGGAAUUUGCCAAUGGUCGUCGCGGGCUGAUGACUGCAGAUGAGCGGCGAUGUUUUGCGUAUUUCCAGAAUCGCACUAUCCCCGCCAUCUUGGGAUUCUUUGACUCGGUGCUGUGGCAGAAGUUAGUACUACAAGUAAGUCAGGCGGAACCGGCCGUCUACCAUGCUGUGAUUGCUCUGAGCGCGGUCCAUACGGACGCCGAGAUGAAAGGAAUGACUCUGGCAGAUGAGGCUCUGGAGAAUAACCAGUGGAAACGGUUUGCACUUGAGCAAUCAGGACGCUCUUUCAACCUUUUAACUCAACGUCGCAAUUCCCAGGACCCCCAAUUAACAGUGGUCAUUCUCCUCUGCUGUCUGCUCUUUGUUGUACAGGAAUUGCUGCAGGGACAGUAUAAAAAUGCAUUCAAACAUCUUCGUAGUGGCCUACGCAUCCUGAAAGAAUCACAGAUCUACAAGCAGCAAAGCAUUGACGCUUUCAACGUGGAUAAUUUUCGCAUUGGGGGCCCCCUCCUGUGUAUCGAUAAAGGAAUCGAGGAUCAGGCGGCCAUGUUUGUAAUCAGUAGUGUCCAAGAGGGACGGCAGGCCUUUGACAUCAUUGCCAGUGCUGUCUUUCGCUUUCUGGAGAAGUGCUGGUCAAUGUCGGAUGCAGAGAUCGCCAAUGGGUAUAGCUCCUUGGAUCUGACGCGAACCCAUCUUCUUUCCCAGGCAAGUCAUGUGGAAUGGCUAUUUCAUCAUUUCUGCGAAGAUUCUUAUGCCAGACUCAAUUUAAAGGAUCAAAGGGGAGCGGAUAUACUUAAUCUACUGAUGGACGGAUUGUCUCUCGCUUUGGAAACUUGUCUUUUACAAAGUGAUGAUGCAAGCCAUCAAUAUUACACCCCGCGAUACAAGAACCAACUGUCCAUGGCAGAAUCAAUCAUUGGCAAGCUUCCUGAACGUCCAAGCAUCACUCUCGAUGUCGGGGUCAUCCCAGCGCUGUACCUGGUGGCUGUGGGGUGCGAUGAUUAUGGCGUUCGAUGGCAAGCAAUUCAGGCUCUUCAGGCUUGGCCGCACCGCGAAGGGUCAUUCGACUCGACCUUGUUAGCUCGCAUCGCAGCAGAGCGUAUGAAGAACGAACCAUGUUCCAACGACCACAGUCAACACACUGGGCCUGAACUGUCCCCACGCAAGGUCUUAGUGGCAGGAACUCAGGAAGAGCUUCAAGCCCGGAUUAACAUGAUGGUACGCCCGGUGUGA